AUGGCGGCUCUGGUAGGUUCGUUGCCAAAGUUUAGGAAUCUUUGGACAGACCCACUUCGAUGCUUUCAUCUGUCUACGCUUUUCACGCAAAUAAGGAUUCUCAAGCGUCCUAUUUGCACUGCAAGUGAUUACAAUCCUCUUCUCAGCCACGAAGGCUUACCACGCUUCAAUGAAUUUCAAACUACCCAUGUAGCGCCAGCCAUCGAGAAACUGACUCACGAUUUCGAGAGUGACUUUACCGAGUUCGAAACAAAAUUACAAGGUCAGCUUUUAGCAAGACUCCUUUUUAAGUUUCUUUUACAUUAUUUCAUGAACAAAUCCUUUUUUUUUUCUUGUCGAGAAGGUUAAACCUUAUUUAAUGUUGGGCAGAAGCUGAUUUGGUAGAUCCUGUGUGAAACUUUACAGUUGAGUCCCUUGAAAUUUUGCGUCCCGCAAUGUUUCUACGGCUAACAGUCCUCAAGAAAUUUUAACUGAUCCUAUGAAUAAGUUUUAUCAUGUCUGAAAUUGGAAGGUCUUUUGAAAAAGGAUUAAAGAAUCCCUAUGGCCAACUUAAUCAUCUAGAUAUGAAAUAUUCUGUGAACUUGCAAUUAGUAGUCUUGCACAAAAACUUGCAUUGUAAAGAUUAAAGUGACUCAAGUUUGGAGGAUUUUUCUGCCUUAUGUUGUGACUGUGCUUGAAAGCUUUCAGAGAGUCACAAAGAAAUCCAGAAUAGUGGUUACCAUCCAACUCCACAAAAUAGUUAAACACAUUCCUCAGGCAGUCUACAAAAAUAGUACAAAUUGAUAUUCUGCAUUCAUCAAAUUUCUGUCUGCAAAAUUAGAUGCUCCAAAUACCUCUUUGCCCACACAAGCCAAAUUACAUUACUACUUCAGGUUUUGCCACACAAUGACUCAAUAAAUAUUUGCUUUGUAACACAAAGAUCUUUGUUUACAAGGCUUUUCUCCCACAUGUAUCUGGUAACAAACCCCUAAAUUUUUCUUCCUCUGAAAGGAUAUAAUUUAAAUUGUAUUUAAGUAAUUGCAAGGCUUUUUCACUGAUUGAAAUUAAAGAUAUGAAUGAAUUACACAAGUCUUCUUUUGGUCAGAAAACCACAGGAUUAUUUUUGUCUGCUAAAGAGUUACUAAUAAAUCCAGCUGCCAAUGUUUGCAUAAGAGUAAUUAAAUUUAAUCAAUCAGCCAAUAAAAUUAAACUGUUCUCAUUGUUAUUGUUUUGCAUCAGAUCAUAAACAAUCGAAGCUUGUGUUUUUACUAAUUAAAAUAAGUUUUUGUUCUCUCAAAAGGUGGCAUUUAAAGCAACAAUGCUAAAUAUAGAGUGUAACAAGUGUGGCUAUGGUUUAUAUGCAAUUACUAUUCCAAGAUUAUGGUAUCAGGCUUGGGCAAGUUCGAGACAACUGAUUACAGUGUGUCUACAUUUUAAUGAGUGAGUGACUCACUUGCAUAUCAGAGUCGCUAUAAAAACUUGUUUACAGGACAAAAAAUAUGCAAAUUCUAAACUUCCUAUGAAAUUGAAUUUGCUGCCAAAAGUGCUAUCUUCAUAGUCUUGCAUGAUGAGCAAAUCCUUCUUUAUAAAAUAAGCUGUUAUGCUACUUUUUCCUUAUCUUUCAUCUUUUUGACAUGGUAGAUUCACAGCUGAGUACUUGAGCUUUUUCUAAUGUUAAAAAAGAGGUUUCACACCAAAGUUGUCAGAGUUUUUCUGUGCUUUGAAUAUUGCAGCCUAAAGAAUAUUAUGUAUGUAUUGUACUUCUUUUCAAAACUUUGUGUUCAUUUUCGAGAUGAUGACCAGUAGUGGUUUCACAAGAAAUGACUAUUUUGUCUGAUGUCAGAUAUGUUUUAAAUUCUGCUUAAGUGCUGUAAAAAGUGGGAAACAAAGGAAAUAUUUUGUUGGCUUCAAGGGGCCUACGUAAGGUGGGAGGAAGUUAUGAGUAACCCUUUCACUCCCAAGAUCUCAUCAGUAAUUCUCCUUACUGUUUGCUAUGUAAUUCUCAUGAUGUUGGUUCGGAGAAUCUGGCAUUUGUCUGCUUGAUGUAGUAUUGAUAGUGUAAAUAGAAAUUCUGUGGUGGUCAUUUGUGAAAGUUAAGUGGUUAAGAGCAAAGUCAUCUACUUCUUGAGUCCUCUUUUGUAGUCAUGGCAAUUUCAAAUGCUUCUUUUACUUUGUAUCUUUCAUGUGGAAUCAUUUAGAAUAAUAAAUGUUUCACAACCAAUUAUUUUUCUAGAAUUAUACAGAGGAAAGGACACACUGAUUGAUCAACCCUGGUCAACUAUAAUUGAACCUCUAGAGAAGAUAGGCAAUCCUCUUAGUUAUGCCUGGGGAGUUACAUCACAUUUAAACAGAGUUUGUAAUAGUCAAGAGUUGAGAGAUGUUUAUCAAAAGGUAUAUUAGCAUGGCUAACACUUUUGCUGUUUUGCUUUAAACUUCUGUCAUUAAUGAUAUUGUAGUAUUGGAUACCUUGUAGUUGGUGAUCACACAAAGAAUUAUUUAAUAAAAAAAUUGUGCUUGGGUGGAGCAUUUGAAUUUAAUAUUUUCCCAAGGGGGUGGGAAUUGGAACAAAUCAAUCUUCCAAAGUUCCAAUGCACUGGGGGAUGUUGAAACCUUGAAUUGAUUGAUGCAUUACUGCAAUAUUAGUAUUGCUACCAUCGUUUUUUUCCAAAAUGUUUUACAGGCGCAACCACUAGUUGUACAAGCUUCUAUGAAAGCCUCACAGAGUGUCCCUGUAUAUGAUACUCUCCAGGUAAGAAGAAACAAUUAUUUAUGACUUGCAUAGUGAAGGAGAGGAAGUCUUCUAUUAAACCAGGCAAGUAAUCAGUUGUUCCAGAAACUGUAAAGAUUCUAAGAUUUUUUUGUGGUUGAACCUGUAGUAAGCUAGUUUUCCAAGAUAGACUUUGUAAACUCCUCAGCAACUUAAAGCCUGUUCCCAAAGUGUAAGUGAUGCUUGAUCUUCUAUUGGGCUACAAGAGGCAGGUAGUUUAACUCUCUUAUUUUUCAGUUCAAAAGCUUCACAAAGAUAAAAAUGGUACUAAUGAUCAUAGGAAGAAAAUGAAAUGCAAAUAAUUUUUUUGGAAGCAAUAUACAUGGAGCAGUGUUUUUUUGUGCACAGAAAUGUAAUUUUUUUGGGAGCAAUAUACAUAGAGCAGUGUUUUUUUCGUGCACAGACAUGUCACAAGGACUUGUCUAAACCUUCAAGUGCUGUUAACUUUCUCUUUCAAGUUAUUUAAAUGGUUAAAAAGAGGUCACUAGAUUGAAGUUCAAGAAUACUCCAGUUUAUCCCAGAAUGUUGUUGUUGUUACCUUGUUAUCUUGAACCAUGCACUUAAGAAUACAUACUUACUUCUAAAUAGGAUAUAGUGUCAUGAUCAUGAUAUCAAAUGUUGCAGACUUUUGUUAGCCCUUUACACCCUAACAUCAGUAUGAAUAUUCUCUAUAUUGUUAUCUUUACAUUUCCUAAGGUGCUGAAAAGGAGAAUUUGUUGAACAAUCGAGAGCUUCUUUAGUUGGUGAUCAUUUCCUAAAUUCUCAUCACCUUAAAUGAAUGAUUCAGCAGUAUUAUUGUAAGGAGAAACUAAAUGCUGGUCACUCUUAGGGUACUUUAAAGGGUUAAACAUAUUUACAUAUUUAGUAGAGCUUAGUCUCCAAGAAUAACUGUGAUAGUGUGACAGAAGAUGUUGCUUUCUACAAUACAUAUCAUUUUCAAAUGCUUCUUUGUAUUAGAAUCUCCAUCAGAAAGUUAAAGAGUCUAGUGUGAGUCUUGAUGAAGGACAGCAAAGAGUGGUGAAAUCAUUUUUGAGAUCAGCCAGAAAUGGGGGAGUGGCCCUGAGAGGAAAAGAAAAAGAAAGAUUUAAUGCUAUACAGUUGAGACUUGCUGAACUGAAAAUCAAAUUCAGGUGAAAUGUAGGCGAAACAAAGUUACAAAGUGUAGCUGAUUUUUUUAUCAAUACAGAUAAACCUUUCUAAAAUGGACAUGAAAAGGACACAGCAGAAUGUCCAUAUAAAUUAUGUUUUAAGUUUUUCUGAAGGAGCUAUAUCAGAAUCUGGUAGGGACACAAUUGGCUAUAACAGUGAGGUGUCCCUAUCAGAUGGCUAUGCACCAACGAGAGACCUUACAGUACAUCUGCUAGUUGUUUUGUUGCAGUGUUUGCUUUGUACAUUUGAGGGUGAUGAAUGUGUUGUGAUACUUCAGAAACUUUUGAUCCAACUUAUCAAUCUUAGAGAGAUAUUGUGAAGCUGUCUUUUUUCCUUUGAAAGUGUUUUAUUACCUUUAUGUAAGAGCCCCUUGCAUUUUUCUCAAGUAUCAUACAUUUUGGUAGUUUUGUGGGUUUUUUUUGUUCUUUGGUAAUAGAUAAUUUUGUCAAUGUCAGGCUUUUUGGAUGUUUGUUUUUCAAACAUUAAACUUUCAAUUAAUCCUGCCAUGUCUGGUGUAAAUGCAAUUUUUUUUAAGAGGUGGCUGGAUGUUCCUAUUGGUUUCAGCAUAUACCAAUGAAAUUUUGUUGUUUAACAAAACUUGACAAUGGAAUGGAAUUUUGUCUGUAUGAAAAUAUUCAGAGAAAUGGCAGAUGUUGUGUGGUAGUUUCAAAGUGGUGCAGUAGAUGAUAAAGAUGCUGUCAUUCUGCAUAAAAGUAUAUAUGUAAUCAAUCUUGAAAUGUUUUGGUCAGUUGGUCUCACAAUGAUAUUGUUUUCUUCUUCAGCAACAAUGUAUUGGAUGCAACAAAGGCCUUUUCAUUAGUUUUAACAAACCCAGAGGAUGUCAGAGGAUUGCCUGAAUCUCUUCUUCAGAUGACUGCAGAGGCAGCAGCUGCAGAAAAUCACACAGACCUCAAAGAAACAAGGUUCAAUUUCUUUUUUGUGCAUUUGUGAACAUUUAGAUGGUGGUUGUCCAACAGCCAUUGCAGUUUGUUUAUACUAGUCUAGUAGAUGUCUUUGGGUGCAUAAUUGUUUCUGUCAGAGAGGUUUUGUACACUAUUUGGAUAAAGUAUGAUUUCCCUCUUUCUUUUUCAUGCAGAUAAGCCACAUCUUUAGUUUGGCAACUCAAAAAUUGAAAAAAAGUCUUUUGAAAAGAAAUGGGAAGAAAUCACACAUGGAGUUUUGAGAAAGUUGCUUUGAGAGAAUGCUUUGAAUCCUUACCUAUAAUUUUAGCCAUAUCAGUAAGAAUGUCAUAUCUGCCAACCUAUACUUACAUUUGAUCCUGCUCUGGUAUUGAACACCACUCAAUGACAAGAAAUAUAAGCUUAUGCUUGUGAUAGCUCUUCUAAAGUCAACCAAAGUUGCAAAACCAAUGAUCAAUUUCUAUCCCUCUAUAUAUAUUUAAACGUUCUGGUUAUUUUGUUUAUGUUAAUUUAUGUGGCAGAUAGGCCGAACCCCUGAUUUGUUAUACACCAGUAUUUAUGGUACAUGAUGAUAUACUUCUCCCUAGAGUUUUGAUGGGCACUGAGCCCAGUCAUAGCGGAGUCCAAGUUAGAUAAAGAUAGUGACUGAUUUGUAAAUAAUGAAAGAAGCUUUUUACAGCUCAACUCUUUCCUUCUAAGAUCACACAUAGCACCACCCUCUACUUGAUCUGUGAAUUUUCACACUAUACAGUCAAAAGAAAUAUUACAUACACAUGUAACAUACAUCCAAAGGAAACACAAGUGAAUAAUUACUAACUGUUAGCAAAUUGCAAUAGAUUCUAAUACUUAACCCCAACAGACUGCAGUGGGAAUGAAUCUGUCUUCUGACACAGAUUCAGAUUCCCAACUGCUUAAGAAAGACUUGUUGAUUGUAUUGGGUUUCCUUCUCAGAUCAGGCCUUUUGUAAAGCUUAGAUAUACCAUAUACAUCUUUAUAUUUCUUUUAUUUGUUUGAUCAUUCUAUGAUAAACACUCUUAAGUAGACUACAGGUUUAUCUGUGUAGUUAUUUUCAGGAUAUAAUUUGUCAAAUUUAAUAAAUAAAGGUGCUACUUACCAGUGACUUUCCCACAAUACUUUUAUGAUUAUGUCUUCUGGGUUAUGUUUGCCUCAAGUUAGGUUUAUUGGUGAAGUGUUCUCAUAGUGUAUGCCAUUAGCUCUGCUUGUUUUUGUCAACAGGAGAAACAUUGAUCCCAAAUCAGGACCUUGGAAACUCAGUUUGGAUUUGCCAUGCUUUGAGCCAUUCAUGAAAUACAGGUAAGGACAGCCAGCCCCAAGAUAAGGUUUUUUUGUGUGUGAUGCCAUGCUGUUUGACAAUAUGUUUGAUAUAUUUUUUUAAAGGUUACUCAGCAAAAAGAUUCCAUCAGAAAAUAAAAUCUUAGUCUCUUCCCCUUCUAAACUACAGAGAAUUCAUUAAUUAGCUUGACUAUAAGCUAUGUUUACAUGAGACAGGCCUCCUGCACACUGCUAAGAUCAGCAUGUCAAAAGUAUCUGUGUUGGAGUUACACAAUAUUCUAUCAUUCUUUUCCUCUUUCUGUUGAGUGAUGUUAAAAAAUCCUUGUAUGUGUAUCAGUAAGCAGCCAACCUAAUGUUUGUUUUUCACCAACAGCCAAAACAGAAGUCUGCGAGAACAACUGUACAUGGCUUAUAUAACCAGAGCUUCACAAGGAGAGAGUGAUAAUUCAAAUAUUAUUGAAGAGAUAAGAAAAUUAAGGUACAGAGCAUGUGUAGUGAGGUCAAACCAUGGCUUCUAGCUUCUUAUGGUUGAUUCAAGUGAAAGUUCUUGUCCUAGUUAUUACAUGGUGGUCCCAGCCCAUCCAGGCUUGAGCUGGAUUCCACUGUCACAUUUUUGUCCACAUACUUGAAAGCACCUUUUAAGAAAAAUUACAUGUUUAAAUGAUCAUUUGCUUGCAUAAAUGGAUACACUGAAUAAACGUUGUCAUCUUUCCACCUCCAUUUUAAUUUCAAGAUGUUUACAUGCAUUUUAUGCAUGUCCCAAUCACUUGAAUGCAGAAGAAUGUUAAGAGCCUUCAACUGACCCAAAUGGGUGGGUGGGUGGUAUUGAUUUUUAUGCAGCAAUGGAAAUAGCUUUUGCAUGUUUUCAUUGCACACAUUUUACAUGUGGAAAAUCCUAUGCAUUGUGCAACACUGGGAAUCUACCCCUAGAUCACUGGACUAACAAUCUAGGAUCAGCUGUAAACCUUCCUAUAAUUAAUCCCUUGAAAUGAAUUACUUGUGCACAGUGUGGGUAUAUCUAAGUGGAAGAUCAGUUUAUGAUGGAUAAAGAUAAUGCAGAAGGUUUUCAUCUUAAUUAAUUUGAAUAGAGCCUGAAUCUCUCAGUUUAUAUUUUUAUUAAAAAACAGACAAGAGAAAGCCACCCUCCUAGGAUUUGAGAACUAUGCAAUGCUAUCGCUGGACUCUAAAAUGGCUGGUAGCCCAUCUGAAGUUUGGAAAAUGAUCACUGAUUUACAUAGCAAGAGUAAAUUAGCUGCAGAAAAAGAAUUAAUCAAUUUGCAGGUUAUGUAUUGAAAUUCAUUUUUAGUAUUGAAGAAAGCUGAACAUGAUCACUUGUUAAGAGGUUGGCACAGAGAAUACAUAUAUUUUUAAAGAAAUCCUGUAUGGGGACAUAGGCCAGUGACAUCAAUAUUUUGCUCUUAAAUACUCUAACAACCAACUUAAAAGAGCUUGUUUAUAAACUAGGCCAUUCGCAGAGUUCUUGUCUGAAAAGCAGCCUGCACACUGUAAGGAUCUGCAUCAUCAAACACAUUCUUUGUCAGAUAUUUUCUCUGUCCACUGUUCAUUCCAAUUAUCUCUAGCAUCUUUCUUUUCAACAAUCAAGCUGCAGAUUUUCUCUUUUUGUUGCUUUCUGUAAGAUUUUUAAUAUUACCAUUGGCUGCAUUGCAAAAAGAUUUUUUUAAAGUUUUUAUUUGUUGACUGUUACAAAACUGAAUGUCUAAAGAAAGUAAGAGGUCCACCUUUCUUCUUUCAGAAUUUUUACCUUAAUUAUAGGCAAAGGCUGUUAUGAACAUAAACCACUAUCAAAAGCAUAUUUCAAAAGACAUAUCAUCCUUCACUGAGGAGAUGUUUCUCAGACAGAACUGCUAAGGGUUGAAAUGUCUGUUCUUUUUUUUAUUCUACAGACUUUACAUUACCUUCAUCAAGUUCAUGUUGUCAAUUUAAUGUGUGUUUCUCUGGCAAAAACUCCCAAAGGUUUCUUUGCAUAUAUUAUAGAUACAAAAAUUAUACCUUGUUCAUUGGCUGAGUCUAAACAGUGCCAGUGAAAUUAAUUGUCAAUUGAUAGCAAAUGAUCAAAGGAUCUUUCUUGGAAUUGGAAUAAAUAAUCAUUUGUAUAAUUUUUCAAACUACCAAUUACAUCAGGCCUUAGCCUAUGGAAAUUAACUUGUUCUUAUUUAUUCCAAAUUCCAUUAGAAAUCAUUUGAUUCAUGAUAAAAGUAAGCACUUCUUUCUUUCAAAUUUUGCAUGGUUUGGGCACAUUCUUGUUUCCUCCCUCUGGAAGUUUAAAUGGCCAGUAUCUUGUGUAUCAUGAGUUGGGUUGAAAACUUAUGUGAAUGAAUAAUUGGUAAUCUUCAAACAAAUGUUUGGAACAUGGUGGCCUGAUGGUGACCAAUCUCCAGGUUGAAAUGUUGCCAUGGUGCCUCUCUAUCUCUCUAGUCAGGAGACUCGCAAGAAAACUUGGCAGUCUACUAUGGAGUCUUACAUUUGAAAAGUAUCCCAUUUAGCAGUAGAACCAAUACUUAGAACAUUUCAUGCUGCAGAAACCAGAUGAGCUCUUAUUGUAAUAUGUUGCUAGGCAUAUACCAUUAAUUAUAAUAGUGAUAUGAGCAAGUCGUUGUGUCCUUUCACAGCAUUUUAUGGUUUCCCUUCUAGUUUUCUGGUACUGUGAGUGUGAAGUGUCUAGCCCAUGGAAAGAACAAUAAUAAUAUGGUCAGGUUUCCUUUUCCUUUUGAGGCCCACCACCCGCUUACCUCAAGGCCACCACUUCUCACACAUCAUUUGAAUAAAACUAACUAAAUACUGACUUUUUCAUCACUGUUUUUUUUUAAGACCUUUGCUCAGGAAAAUGGUUUUGUUGAUGAUUUGAAGCACUGGGACAUAGCUUAUUGGUCCCAAAAACAAAAGGAACAUUUGUUUAGGUGAGACAGUCAUUCCAAGAUCUCAUUGGUAAUUAUUUUUACAGUGAGCCACACUAUUCUCGUGAUGUUAGUUCAAAGAAUUUGGUGUUGGAUCAACUUAUAACCUCCACUUGUCUGCUUGAUAUUGUAUUGAUAGUUCGUGAGUUGAGUACUUGUUUUAGCAUAUACCACACAAAGACCAACAAAUUGUCUAUCACCAUCAAUGUACCGAAAAAAUGGUCGAAAUUAAACUCUGAGCGCGCCGGUUUCUAUCUUAGGCUGCUCAGAGGUGAACAGUACUUAAUAAUCACUUCCAAACAAGCUAAUCAGCCAGGGCAAAAAGGACUACCCUUACUCAUCAGGGUGGUAUAAUGUAAAAUCAGUUAUAACUUUGGAAAUGUGAUUUCACUAACAUUAACUUUGUUCACAUUCCACUUAAGUUUCACCGACGAGGAGCUGAGGCCUUACUUUCCAUUACCAAGGUUAGAAAGAUAUUAUUAGGAAAGUCAUUGAUAUGAAGAUAAAUAAAGCAGAGUUUCAUUGUCUGUUUUAGCCCAUAUUUCUAGAUCUUAAUAAAUUGAUCUAGUAUAAUUUAAUGGCCAGCCGUUCCAUUGGCUAUGGAAUGAUCCGUUGUUCUGUUAUGCUUAAAGUAUAAAUACUUAAGAGUAAUUAUCAAGUAUCCGAACCAACGACACUAUUAGAAAACACUUAUUAAUAUGCGGUACGUCAACUCUCCACACGCGCGCAGGCAUGCACUUCAGAGUCAGGGGAGUUGUUUUGCAUUGCACUAAAUCUGUGUAAUAGUCUGAGGUUUUGUUAUCAUUUACCCAUACAACCGUAUUUGUAGGGUACUUGAAGGACUCUUUAAACUUUCCUCUGAGCUGUUUGGGAUAGUCAUUAAGGUUUGUUAUAUACUUUUUUUCUUUAUUUGCUUACCAGAAUUCAAAUCCUACACAUGACUUCCUAGUUCUUACCCUUUAAGCGUUUGUAACGCGUAUUUUGUCUGUGGGAAAUUUACAGAGAACACCAUUUAGAGUUAUCAUUAAGUCCUCUUUUGAUUCAAGUUCUCUCUUUUGCAAUUCUUGUUGCCAUCUCGUUUAUUUUUCCUAUGGAAUAGUAUUUAUUUACUUGAAUCUCUUAUUGAAAACUUAUCUAAUUUUAACAAAGGAAAUACUUUGCGAUAUCUUUUUUGAUCAUUUUAAUUGUGGUAAUGCAUGCUUGUUUGUUUAUGGGACUUACAGUGUGUAUGUGCAACCAAUGUUGCACAGCUGCAUAGCUGCAUAACAUCGCGGAAUAUAAGAGAUCGAUUUCUGUGUAAGCAGCUAUGUUGGUUCAUUUUAGAGGCCUCUGGUGGAAUAUCUAGAACUAAUUAAACUAAUUUACUGCUAACAAAAAGGUUCAGCUAUCAGGGGUGGGUGAUAGAUGUACAGAUGUAGUAAUUCUGCGUUAUUUUAGUCGGCAGAUGGUGAAGCAGAAGUUUGGCACCCAGAUGUAAGGUUCUUUCACAUUAUGGAUGAAAGAGGUAUUUUUCAAACGAAUUAGGACGACUGAUAUACUUAGUUCACUUAACAGCGGACGCGAAAUAUUUCAGUAAGAAACUUUGAAGAAACGUAAACAGUAAAAAUAAAAGAGCACUGAGCUUCAGGAAAUGAAGAAAAAUCGCGGGAUUGUAUUAGUUUUGCUCUGCUUUCCUUAAUCACUAGUCUAGAAAACUCCUCCCUUCAGAAACAAUCAGAUGAAAGCUAAUACCAUUCGCGACUUAGUGCUGUGCGUCCUAUGCGCUGCAUUUUUAAAUUUCUCUUUGGCAUCUUUUUUUUUUACUAUUCUUGCAAGAAAUGAUCAACCCUUGUGCUUGCUUAAGUUUUGUAUUUGUGACACUCCAAUGCUUUCUAUGAGAAGAAAGGACGAAUUUUCUUUUACUACGGCUUUGCUGACGUUUUGUCAGGAAUUUGCCGCUCUCGCGAUACGCAGCCAUAUAUAUAUAUAUAUACAUACAUACAUACAUACAUACAUAUAUAUAUAUACAUAAUUUGGCAUUAACCCUUCGUUAGAGCGUUCGAUUCUCAUUCUAUUACCUUUGACAAAGGGCUAACUCUCGAAAAGACAACCUUAGAAACUCUUUUGGGUGGCCAAUAACUCAGUAUAAAAUCAAAUGAUCCUGUUACACCCUACCACUGAAGCAGUACCACAGUUUCUUUAGAAAGUUGCCCCCUUCAUUCAUAUACAGUUUUCCAGAAGUAACGGUUUCGUCGUUUUAUUUUGAUACACGCUUUUCAGAACUCAUCAUAACCACUUUCACUUACAAGAUUCCUAGUUAUGACAAAAUGAUUUUAAAACCUAUUCAUAAAGGUGAGAAGCUUUCUCUUUCAAUCAUGUUCAGGGCAUCACAUGGCGUCAUUUUACUUGGAUCCAUACUCUCGACCGGCGGAAAAGAGCGGAGGGGCCUGGAUGGAUCAAUGUCUCGGUAUGAUUUCAGACCAAAAUUGCACGACACGAGGUUCAAUUACCACUUUAUUACAGCCAUUUUGAAAUCGCCCAAAUGCAGGACGUGGUCAGUUCAAAUAUUUUAUUGAUGCAGUACUGAGCCGGUCUGAAAUUAAAUUCAUGUCCAUUUUUUGGGGGGAAAAGUAAGAGUUAAGAAAAAAAGGUGCAAAAUUUGCCACAUGAUACUCCUUGUCUUUCAUUUUCCUGCAAUUUGAUCGGUUACUUUAAACAAGCCAUAAAAUCUGAUUGGUUGUUUUGUUUUUAGUGUAGCCUCCUCAUUGGCGGGGAAAAAGACGCGAUUUAAAGCAAAAAAUGGUGUGAUUCGUGAAUAAAUUGCAUCAAUUAGAGCCAAUCAGAUUACAGGGACCACCUGUGUUUUCAAAAUGGGUGUAAUAAAUUAAGUUAACUCCGCUUUAUUUAUUGUUUAUGAAUUCAGACAAAAGUGAAGUCCUCAACAGAAAACCUGUUGCAUACUUAGUUUGUAACCAGUCCCCUCCCGGUGCCGACGGUUCACCUUCUCUGAUGACUUUCCGAGAUGUAGAGACACUUUUCCAUGAGGUAAACGUAACUGUAGAAAGUUUUGCACAUUUGUAACUGUAAACAAAACUUCAUAGAUCAUUUCAAACCAUCAACUUCAUUAAUCCAGUGAAAUUUCUAGAGUAAGUUGUGUAAUGUACAAGUCUGGCUCGUUGAAAAUAAAAAGUGUUUCGUCCGACUGACAAAACUCUUAACUUGAACUUGAUAAUUACUUUGGAAUAUCAGUCACUUGUCACCGACUACAGUCGUCUUUGAACUACACCCAGACAGUUGUUAAAAGACGUUAUUGGAAUCAAGAAAGAAUUCUCUAUAUCUAAUUCUAGCUUACUUAGGAAGUCAUAAAUUAUUGUAAGUCAUUCAGAAGAAAUAUGAAAGCUGGUUGAUUUUCUCUUUACAACCUUUACUUUACAACCAAAGAAAUUGUUAUCUUCUCUUACUGCGAGAAAAUAAUCUACUUAACUUUGCAAAAUAUUUACAUUAAGCUGCAAUAAUUUUGAUUAAGAAAUACAUUUUCUAUCGUGAAUUCGACGAGAAAACAGUUGUUCAGUUUCUACGGUAAUAUGACCUUGCGGUAAGUUAUAUUCCAACUAGACUCAUUGAAAUAAUAUUAUCCGCUUUAUAAUAAAGAACAUAAUCGCACUGGUGAAAGUUGAUUUUCGUACAGGAAUUUAUUGGAAAUUACCCUUCCUUUCUUUUCGAUCCCUUCUAGUCUCGUUUUGGGUUAAUCCCAUGACCACCUCAAAAGUGUUUUGUAAACACUUCAUGUCGUUUUGAUGUUGUCUUAAUAGUUCGGACAUGGUCUCCAACACAUGUUAACUACAGUGCCUUACUCGGAUGCUGCCGGAAUUAGAAAUGUCGAGUGGGAUGCAGUGAGUUGAUAUUUAGUUUCCAUUUAACUUAUGACGUUGUCAAUUAUCACCUUAAUGUUGGUCACUACCGUCACAGCUUAGUACUUCGUUUUUAGCGUGUUGUUAAUGAAGCUGUAGUUCAUUGAAUUUGUCUCCUAGCUGGCAUCCUCAUAAUAUUGCGAGCGCGACAUCGUUCCCAGGGUCUUCUCUCCUCUUCUCUCUCGAGGUAGGAAGACAGGGGACCCUGGGAACGAGGUUGAUUCGAGCGUAAGGUACAAUAUUCCAUCGGCGUCAGCUUCAUUUUGCAUGUCUGGACACCUUGGCGACACCUCGUUAAGAUAUAUUAUUUAAUGCUAUACCUCAGAGCCGGGUUGUUCGAAACAAGAUUAGCGCUAAUCCUGGGUGGCUGAACACAUACUUAAGCACUCAUCGUUUGACUCGGCGCAGAGGUUUACAUCAGCGUGUAUUUACAAAAGUGCGCAUGCAUUUUACCCUUUUAAAGCGAAGUGUGCUUGCAGAGACUAUACGGUAAAUAACCCCUUUAGGCUGUUGGUAUGUCGGCUGAUAAUGUCUGCGGCUGAGAUAUUGUCCAAAAAAUUAAUAUUUGGCUGAGAAGCGAAGCUUCGAGGGCAAAUGUAGUAUUUUAAGGACAAUCUCUCAGCCAAGGACAUUAUCAGCCGAUAUACCAGCAAGCCAGAAAGGGGUUUAUUAAUUUUAUAACUCUCGCAUAAAUUUCCAUACCGCGCAAAAGCUGAUGAUCUUUUUUGUGUUUUCUGGAACAGCAUUUGCGACCAGCGUUUUAAUGUCACCAUCGCUUGACUCUAAAAAACCAGAUUGUUUUUCCCCCACGUAAAAUAUUACAGAUGAAAGGUAAAAUUCUUGAGUCAGGUCUUUCACGAGAAAUCGUUUUGUUCCGAUGUUGUGUUUAUUCAAAUGGUCAUACAAUCUUAAUUCUAUUGACUUAGGUAGAGCUUCCAUCGCAGUUCAUGGAGAAUUGGCUAUAUGAUAAAACUUCCAUGAAUUUGGUCAGUGGCCAUUACCACACCAACGAUACCUUACCAGAUGAACUUUUCCAACAGGUUUGCAAAGGUUCGUGGUUUGUUUAUCUGGGGUCUUGCUAAAUUACGAAAACGUAUGUAAGGCAUAAAGAAAGGUGUCAUCGAUUGUCACGAGUGUUCGACGGAUAAAAGGUAAUAUCAGUCGCCACGAGGAUUCAAAUUUCUGAUUCCGCGAGGACGCGGUUGAACCAACUAAGUCUCAGAUUGGAACUUGUUGGUGAGCAGAUGUAACUAACGAGUGCCAGGAUCUGCAAUGUUGAAAACUGAGCUCAGUUGCUGUUGUUUUUUUAAGGUUAGUUAUCUUGUGUUGUCUGUUUCUUUUCGUUCUUUGUAGCUCGUAGAUUCAUGGCAGGAUCACAGAUGUUACGUCAGCUUUAUUUCGGAGCACUCGACAUGGAGCUACACUCAAGGUACUUAAAGAAAUCUGAGGUUCUGUCCACUAAACAGCUCUGUUCUUAAAUAUUGGUUUAAGUUGCGAUGAUGUGUUCCCAAGCAAGGCAUCUUUGCAAAUUUAAGGAGGCAUCAUAUUCAAGUAAUACAAGACAAUCAAGUUAGUUUUAUCAACUGAGUUCAUAAUGUAAAUUAGCCACCGUAAAGAGUUCCAAAGGUUAAAGCACUGUAAUAGUUUGCCAAAGGCCCCAAACCACUGCAACCUUUAUUCCGUUUUUUUUUUUCUUCCUUUAAUUUUCAAUUUGACAAAAAAUGAAAAACGCCCUCCUACAGCAAAAUAUAUAGAGAUAGUAAAGGAGCGUGAUUACACGAGGGAGCGUGAUUACACUAGGGAGUUUAUCACAGUUCUGUAAGAUAGAAAAACUUGGAGUUACUCUGAAUGGGACGACAGUUCAUUACAAGGUUCCCCCUGUAGUAUUCUAUCCGGCAGGGUUCCUUAACAAUUCGGGCAUAUCCUUUUUAUACUCUUCACUGUGAUGAGGCCCGUCGUAAGACACUUCACGAUCUGUCUUUCACUACCUUGAGCCCGGUGGUAUUCAAAAGAGGAUUGACUUUAUGAAGAGUUGUCUCUGAAUUUUCCUUCAAGUGUCCUCUGUUUAACGUUAAAUAACAAGUUAACCUUCCUUUACGAAAAACUAACCGAACUCAUUCAGUGGUUAAAAUUCAAGCCUAUGUUAACCCCAAGUUAAACUUCGUGCGGCAGUUGAAGUUAAUCCUAUGGUUAGAUCGAAAGCAUUGCCUAUUGCUUGGCCGUUGUGAGUUACUACCCACAAGUCAACAAGCUCGCGGGCGGUUAAAAUAGAUGAGCAGCGAGAAAUGUCAGUCAGGGCUAUUUCUUUCCAUGUUUUUUACGGUGAACUAGCUUCUUUAUAGGAUACUUCUAACUCUGGAUAUUAUACCAAUUUGCCUCUUUCGCUCCUUUGAUCUCUCAGGUUAGCCAUAGUACGUAGGCACUGUACAGUUACAGAGGUAGAACUAGCGAAAAGAAAGUAAAAAACUUCAAGUCGGGAGAGACCUGUUACUCAUUGAACUGAUUUAAGAGCAUUUAACAGUUUCUCAGCUCAAGCUCAGAGGGUUAACAUUAUUUUUUCCAACAGUUCCGAGCCGUGGCGUACCGUCCUUGAACGGAUCUCAAGCAAAUAUACUGUGCUUAAACCACUUGACGAAGAUAGAUUUCCCUGCUCGUUUCUUCACAUCUUCGCAAGUGGAUAUGCUGCUGGAUAUUACUCUUACAAAUGGGCAGAGGUAAGUGACCGUUUGACCCAUUCAAUCUGUUAACUGCAGAUGAGAAGUUGAAAUACAGUGAUUGUUAAAUGUAUGAUUUUAUGUAAAUUCCUAGAUGAUGUCUGCAGAUGCCUUCAGUGCGUUUGAGGAAGUCGGUUUAAGCAACAGAAAAGAGCUGAGUACAGUUGGAAAAAGGUACUUUAAUUUUGACGUAAACACACUAGCCUGCUGUCAAACAUCUUUGGUUAGGUGAGCGUAUCAGGUCCACCAAUGUUCGCGCCGCUAAGUUUAGUGCCUUCAGAAAAUUAACCAAGGCUUAUCACAUGUUACACAUGAACCUAAUCGUGUUAUUAAGGUUCGUUCACCAAAACUGCAACCCUUUUUCAAGACCUUCUAGCGAUGAUGAGAGGCAACUGUAAGCUGGAAGAUUUUAUUGAAGUCUAUUUAUUUAUUCAAAUGAUAUCCCAAAAAAAAACAGUAAAACUUGCAGUUUGUAAAUAACUUGUGGAAUUUAGUUUUUUUGGAAAAAACAACAUUUUGAGUAGAGGAUACACUGACUAGGAGCUAUCAACUAAUAACUUAUCAAAGUCAACAACCAUAACUUUUAUUUGUGCUGAUCUUUUACACCUGAUCAUAUCUCGUGAAAAUAAAGCCUUAUUCAGACUCUAACAUUUCACAGGUUCCGCGAUACUAUCCUGGCCAGCGGUGGUGCCCGCCACCCUAGUGACGUUUUUCAGGACUUUCGCGGGCGACCAGUUUCCUCUGACGCCCUGCUCAAAAGUUACGGGCUUCAGUGAUAAUAACAAAGAAUAAAUCGCUUUCGCGUGUAGUAACGCUGGCCACACUGAUGGUUUGAAUAUUGAAAAAGGUCUGUAGUGCAAAUUUAGCAGUCCAGUAGGCAACGAACUAAGUCUUGGACCGGCCUUGGCCAUACGCCAAGCUGAUGCCAUCAAACUCGGUGGCCGCUGAUUCAAGUUCUUUUCCAUACAAGUGCUACCUUGACGUACUAGUUCACUGCAUAUCCACCAUGUUGACUCAACACUUACCGCUGAUUCAGUUGUAUUCUAAUGCAAAUCUCAAGUGCCUAUUGACUAACCUACUCGUUUUCCAUCAUCCCGCAAUAGAGAAAACAGUGUUAUUAAAAAGCACGCUAUUCUCCAGUUAAAGCUUUGUGAUAAUGGAGGCAAAGAGGAGAAAUAAAAGCUGACACUACAAUAAAAUAGUGGGGUCUG